UCUUUAUAAAAUGUUGCAAGUGCAGGAUUCAGUCGACAUCUAUAAAAGUGAUAAAGAGUUUCUUUUUCUUGAACAAUACAAUCUCAGUGUAGUUAUUAAUUACAACCAAUCCAUGAAUUGUUUACAAUUCCAAUUUACCUCCGAUGUUUCUUCGGACGAAAAUUUAACAGCAACAAUAAUUAGCUUCCCAAGUUCGAAUCCACAUGUAGUUUGUGAUGACUUUAAUUUUGAUUUGGUAACAAACAUCAAUGAACCCAUAUCUUUUCUCGGGGAAGCGAAUCAACUAAAUUUCGGUUGUACAUAUAACAUAACAGUUAACGACCGCUUCACAAGCUUAUCUUUCAAUUACUCCAUACCGUAUUGUGUCGAUGGAAAAUGCAAUUGCGACACUCAUUUGGUUCCGAUGAAUAUGACCAUGGAUUAUCAAGGAAGAGACGAAUUUUUAAUCAGAUGGAAAUUUACAAACGUCGAAGAUAGAGAUACUUUAGUGAACGUAACAUUUUAUUCGUACGUAAGCGAUGAUUGCAGUGAUCCUCCCGAUUGGAAUAAUAUAACGGAACCUAAACAUAAAUUGUUUAUGUGGAAUAAUUCCGCUUUGAUCUACAUUGAAGAUAAUCCUCAUUUGUGUUUACUUACCACUUUUAAAAACAAGUAUACAUGCGAAGAAGCCUUCCUAAGAAGCCUAAAAAUUAAUAACUCAACGUGGAUCAAUAUCUCAUACACUUUCAUCUCAGUAAUUUUAUUAUUGGUCAUCGUAGCUCUUUGGUAUAUUCAUAAAUGUCGAGGAACAAUAAAAACCGUAUUAAUAACGAGGGAUCAAAGUCGUAGGCGACGUAGUUGCCACAACAUUUAUGGAUACUUCCCAGACAAAAAGAAAUGGGCCGAAUCCACCAACAUCGAAUACAUCGAACACGAAAUUCUUGAAGGACUUGUUGAUGAAUUUGAAUUACCCAGGAACCAUUUAAAACUGUUAAACGAAAUCGGAAAGGGGGCAUUCGGGGAAGUUUACCUUGGAAAUAUUAUAUUGAACGGUAACAACGAAUCGGUUGCUGUUAAAACGUUACGGGAAAGGUGUUCGAAUGAAGAAAUGGAAGACUUCUUAUCAGAAAUCGAUAUUAUGAAGAAAAUUGGGCGACACCGAAACAUUGUGACGAUGCUAAAGUGUUGUACUCUUCAAGAACCGUAUCGGAUGAUUAUGGAAUAUGUUCCGUACGGAGAUUUGAAGCAUUAUUUAAUGAGCAUGAGGGAUAAAUGGAUUAAAAAAAAUAAUUUCGAUGAUGAUGAAUCUGAAAGUUAUAUUGUUCCAAUUACACCCACAAAUAAAUUUACACUUGAUAUUGCUCAAGAUACGAUUCUAGAUCACACCGAAUUACAAGAUUUCGCCCUCCAAAUAGCUUGCGGGAUGGCUCAUUUAGAGAAAAUUCCGAUAACCCAUCGUGAUUUAGCCGCAAGAAACAUUUUAAUCGAUGCGAAUAAAAUCUUGAAAAUAUCCGAUUUCGGUUUAUCCCGACCUGGGCCUUACAUCAAUAAGAAUCACAAUAAACUUCCGUUCCGAUGGAUGGCUUUGGAAGCAAUAGAAGAUCACUUUUAUAAUAAUAAAAGCGAUGUUUGGUCGUUUGGAGUGGUUUUGUGGGAAAUUGGGACGUUAGGUGCUUUUCCAUACGACACAAUUCCCGAUCGAAUGUUGCUUUAUCAUUUGCACAUAGGGAAACGUUUGGAGAGGCCGGAAAUUUGUACGGAUGAGUUGUAUUCGUUGAUGUUGAGGUGUUGGUCGGAGGAUCCCAAAUUUAGACCGACUUUUGAAGAGUUAGUUGAAGAAUUAGAUGUAAAGAAAAGCCGAAUUUAUAUUGAUUUUACCCAAUUGAAUCCAAGCUAUGUGUUUCCACCGAUUCGAGCGAACGAAUAUCACAAAGUUGAAACAACCUAAAAAAAAUUUUUAUUUUAUUAAUUAAUUUAUUAAUUUUUGUUAUUAUUGUGAAAUGAAUGUACCUGGUU